GUUUGUGUUUAGGCUAUACAUCUGUGACUUGUGUACAGUUAAGCUACGGAAAGCAAUGUGUUGUGAUAAUUGUUUAAUUUAAUUAAAUAUAGAUCUAUAACACUCGUAUAAUUUCUUUUGCUUAUUCUCGAUGUAGUUAGUGCCAGUUACAAAGAAGAAGAAAAUGGAUUCAUUGGCUACAAAAGAAGAUGUAAGUGGCAAUACAUGCAUCAAUAAUGAGGAUUCCUUCUACAAACAGGCAGCCCAGUAUUGGUCUGAAGUGCCUCCAACAUUAGAUGGCGUUCUAGGGGGAUUUGGCUUCAUUUCAAGUCCUGACAUAAAAGGUUCACAGGAUUUUUUGAAAUUGUUAUUUAAGAUGAAAGAUCCACCUUCACGUGAGACUGCCUUGGAUUGUGGAGCUGGAAUUGGACGGAUAACUAAAAACUUACUUCUGCAUCAUUUCCAAAAAGUAGAUUUGGUGGAACAAAAUAGUAUCUUUUUGAAAGAAGCAGAAUCAUACAUUGGAAACAGUAAAAAGAUUGGAACCUUCUUUAAUGUUGGUCUUCAAAAUUUCACACCAGAACCCCAAAAAUAUGAUGUCAUUUGGUGUCAGUGGGUUCUUGGCCACCUAACGGAUGAAGAUUUUAUUCAGUUCUUCAGACGUUGCAUAAAUGGAUUGAAAAAAAAUGGAAUAAUAGUCGUGAAAGAAAAUCUUGCGUCCAGCAAUUCUGUUGAUGUUGAUGAACAGGAUUCCUCAGUCACGAGACCAGAACAAUUGCUACUGCAGUUGCUUAAUCAGUCAGGCCUCCGCUGUGUCAGACAACGCAAGCAAAAAAAUUUCCCACAAGCUCUUUAUCAGGUUAAAAUGUAUGCUCUCCGGCCUUCAGAUCAGGCUGUUAUUGUUUCAGACAAUACUGCAAACAAAGACUGUCAAAAAUAGUUCCUGAUAUAUAUUUCCUUUGAUGAAUCAAUCUUCGUUAACAACAAAUGAUAAGUAUUUAUGAAACAUCACUAAACAUGUAUUUAAUAAAUUUAUUUAAUUUGACAAACACA